AUGGAUCAACACAUCGAUCCAGCCAAUAAUAAUGUUUCAAGAGAGUUUAGUGAAGGUGUUGAAGUUUUCCUCGCAUUUGCUUCGAAUCAAAAUUCUUUCAAAGAACGGAACACCAUGUUAUGUCCUUGCGUAAUAUGUCAAAACCGAAAGCAACGUGAUGUACGAACCAUAUCUCGCCAUCUUUACCGAGUCGGCUUUAAAAAUAAUUAUUAUCUAUGGUCAAGCCAUGGAGAGAGCUACUAUGACGUUGGAGAAUCAUCAACGGGAGGUCAAGUUCUGGAAGAUGAAGCAAGGUAUACAGAAGACGGGCCAUAUGAAGAAAACAUUCCAGGAGGAGACUUUGGAUCAACCGAUAUACCAGUGCAGAAUUUGAUGGAAGAACCGCACGAAGAGCAAUAUGAAGAAAGAGUGUUUGAAGCUUUUGAAGCCGCCAAUCAACCACUAUAUGAUGGAUGUGUCGAAGGUAUUUCUCAACUAUACUUGGCAUCUCGUUUAAUGAAAGUAAAAACUGAUCAUAAUUUGGCGGAGUCAUGUAUGGAUGAGAUAUCACAAACUUUUAGAGAUGUUUUGCCACAACCAAAUAUAGCUCCUGGAUCAUAUUAUGAUAUGAAAAAGCUGACGAAGUCGCUUGGUCUCCCUGUUGUCAAGAUCGAUAUUUGUGAAGAAAAUUGCAUGUUAUUUUGGAAAGAAGAUCAUGCGCUGUUGAAGUGUCAGUUUUGUGAGAAAGAUAGAUAUCACCAGAACCAUGUGAAGGGGAAAAGACGUCCAAAACAAAGAAUGUAUUAUAGGCCUAUUACAGAGAGGUUGAAGCGUCUAUACCAAGAAGAGACGACUGCAUCACACAUGCGAUGGCACGCAGAACAUGUGUCGCCAGAAGGAGAAAUGCAUCACCCUUCUGAUGCAGCAGCGUGGAAGCAUUUUAACAAGGUAUAUCCUGAUUUCGCUGCAGAAAGUCGAAAUAUUUAUCUAGGAUUAGCAACAGAUGGAUUUAAUCCAGUGGGUAUGAGCGGUGAAGCCCACUCGGUGUGGCCCGUCAUCGUAACCCCAUAUAACCUACCUCCUGGUAUGUGUAUGAAAAGGGAAUAUUUCUUUCUAUAUGUACUAGUUCCUGGGCCAAGGCAUCCAAAGAAGAGCAUUGAUAUUUAUCUGCAGCCGUUAAUUGAAGAACUAAAAAGUUUGUGGAGCGAUGGAGUUCAAGCAUAUGAUAUCUCGAAGAAGCAAAAUUUCACGAUGCGAGCAGCACUAAUGUGGACAAUUAAUGACUUUCCCGCUUACGGCAUGAUGUCAGGAUGGACGACUCAUGGUCGUUUAGCUUGUCCAUAUUGUCAAGACGAGACAAAGUCUUUUUGGUUGCAACAUGGAAGGAAGCAUAGCUGGUUUGACUGUCAUAGAAUGUUCCUACCAAAGGAGCAUCCUUACAGAAGAAAUGUUCAAGCUUUUCGAAAGGGGCAGACAAUAACUGAUGAUCCUCUACCAUGGCUGACGGGAGAAGAAAUUCUAUACGAAAGAAUCAACAGCAUCGAAGGACUCAAAAAAAAACUGUUGAUUGUGGAGGAAAUGGACACGAGAAACAUGGGAGUACUAUAG